AUGGCAAUCACAUGCGGCCAACUCCUCAACGGAGGCGAAAGCCUAGUCUUCAGCACAGAGAACGGGAUAUACCUCUCGAACAGAAUAAACAACCAAACCUACGAAGCACCAACACGCCAACUAAAUCUCAAGCUUACAACAUACCUCGAAAUCCUCGAGGAGCAACAACUCGCACUGGCUUUGGCCGACGGUACUUUGUACGCCUUCCCACUAGAAGGGCUAUUGCUGGAUGGGGCUCUUUCUUCGCGCCUGAAACGUGGGAAAAGGGUUUGUCACUGCAAUUAUAUGGCCAUUGGGAUCAUUGACCGGGGAAAUAUCGAGGAGAACGUAGACUUUGGUGAAGAGGCGGUGUGGAGCAGGGUACUUUUGGGAGAAGUGGCCCUCCUUCAACUACGGAAACAGGUCUCUGUGCCUGCAAAGGUCGACAGGAUUUUCUUCACGGGCAGCAGCAGGGUCUAUCUGGAGACCAAUAUGGGCCUCCAGAUCUUGGCCCUUGACACGGUCGAGAUCAGGCCAUUGCUCGAUGCUUCUGAUGCGAGGACUCAGCUCGAUGGCAAAGACAGCAAAGGCCCAGUCUACACAGAAUUCACCACCGACGGCUUGCUCUUGAGCUGCUCCGAUAUAUCAAUCUACAUCGACCACGAUGGACGCCGAGCACGGGAAGAUUGGAAAAUCGAGUGGAACGAACCUUUCACGGCUGCCGUUACAUUGAUGGAAAUGUGGAUAGUUGCUUUCAGUCAGACUGGUGUUGAGGCUCGAGAUAUCGACACAGGUACGGUUGUGUUCUCGAGGGAAUAUGGAAAGUCCAGGCUACUGAAACGAAGAAUGGAUGAGGAUGAAGAAAACUGUUCUGUCAUCGCCUUGUUGCGUCUUCAAGAGAAUCAAAACUCCCCUGGAUUGCAAGCGAGCAGCGGGCUAGAUAUCUCUGAGUUGCUGAGAGUGGAUGUCAGAGCAUUAGGAUCAGCGUGA